AUGUCGUUGAACAGCAUCUGUGUUAGCUUACGUGCAUUUGGGUAAGUUUGUUUAUACAUUAUUGUAUGUUCUAGCUAUACUGAUGAGUUGAAUGUGGAUGUUAUUGAAAAUGCUGUCAAGUCCGAUGUAAUUUCAUUCUCUCGACUCAUCGGUUGGUUAGCUGGGGAACUACACGUGCUUUUAAAUACGGAGGAUGUUGUUGAAGAGAUUGAAGACUUAAAAGACGUUGAUAAUUUUUACUCUUAUUUGAGUGCUUUCUUGUCUGAACUAGGUUUGUAAUAUUAUAGCUUCAUCUUUAACCGAUUGGUUUUAUUACAGGAUGCCCCAUUUCUGCAUUAACAGUCACCUCGAUUCAUCAACGUUUCCAAUCAGAAGAAGUUAAAUUGUCAGUAUUACAAUAUCUGUUGUCUCAAGUAAAGCCGGCGAGAUUAAUCGCCCUACGAAAGUUACGGCGACAAGUGAUUGAAGAACGGACAAAGCCAAAUGUAAGGUUUGAGUCCUUUUUUAUGUUUUGUUUUAGGAGCCGUUGAAAGAAAUGGCAAAGACUUUGGUAUCGAUGAAUGUUCAGCCAAACCAAGUUUCCGAUGAAAAUGCUUGCCUGAACAUUUUAAAGUCUGAGGUAUGUUGUUUGAAUCAUAUUUUGAUGGCAUUAAGUUUAGUUAACAAAAUCGUUCAACAGUCUUGUCCGGCGGCCGAAUCCUAUUUUUAAUGGAAAAUUCAAUGAUAAACAAUGGUCGCAACUCAAUAAUUUUGCUCAAAUGUUGACUAAAGAUUAUAAAAUUCGAUUGGAGAUGUUGUUGAAAAGACUUGAUGUGACCGUCGAGUCGUUCUUAUGGUCGGAUAAGGCUCACCAACACGAGAGGCAGGUUAUGAAGAUCUUUUUACCUGGGCGACAGUCACUUGCCGGAUGGAAACCAAUUGGAAUUGAUCAACUUUUGGGGGCAAAUGAGGGUGGGUAAUCGUCUUAAAAUACUUUUUUCUGUUGGGUGACUGUAUUACCGAUUAAAUUAUUGUUUUUUAGAUCUCCUUGUAAUCGAAAAAGCCAGUUCGGUUCGUCAAAGAGCGGGGACCAAGUCUAAGAUCUCGGAGUUUAAGUUAGAAAAAAUCCCAGCGGACCGAGGAGGACGGACGGAUAAUAUUAUUCCACCAGCUCAAGAGACCUCCAAAAGUCAAUAUCAGAAUAAGGAUAGAAGGGGACCACCGAAAGGCGGGAAGUUUCAUAAACAGCAUGAACAGGGACUCGAGAAUCAGGUCAAAAAAGAAUAUCAAACAAACGAACGGGGCAAAAGUUACGGUAAAAAGACUUUUUACAAGUCCAACAAUUGA